AUGGCUGCGCUGCUCGUUGCUGCAGAAUUGGCGUUUCUUGCCGCUGUCCUGACGAUGUUGGUCAAUCUCGUACUGCGACUACAAGCGGAGAGGAGACGAAACAACGCAUCACGACCUGCAGGAAUUCAAGAGAAAUUUGCCUGUAGACCGUCGCUUGUGGCUUGGCUGCCUUGCUUGACGAGGAAGGAAAGAAAUGCGGAUGGAAGAGCCACGAGUGACAAACAGACGCACAUCGCAACUCGACUGGAAACGGAUGAUUGCGAGCCGGUCUUCUUGUCCGGAUUCGCGCCCGACGCUUCGUGCGACGUCUUCCUCCGCGCUGCACGACGACGUCCGGGACGCGCGUCGUCUCGAGUGUGGCUUACCAUCAAGCACGACCGAAUUGGCCUUUUGCAAUUACCCGAAUUCCCACGAAUGGACGCAUAUGCCGAGGGAGGAGUCAACGGUUUUGCGAGAGCCGCACUCAACGUGAAAUGCGUCGAUCCGCUGCGCGUAUGGAAGGCGACAUACAAUGGCAUUUUACGGUUGAAACCGCAGAGUGUCGACGCUGUUCCGGCUAGAGACGUUCAUGCCAAGUUGAGUCUGAGAUGGUCUGCGUUUACUGGAGUGGCGGGCAGCCGUUCUGAAUAUAUUGCGGCGAGAUCGGCGGGAAAAGCGUGGGAGCGAGACACCGGCGCCUGUUGGUGCACAAGUCACUGGGAACAGUGGGGAGAGCUGCAGGGAUCUCUGUAUGUUGAAGAACUCGGAACUUAUCGUAUCAAUCUUAGAGGAAUUAACAGAAGGACAUUGGGGUGCAACACUUUGACUCAAGGCCACGUUGUUAUACAUUAUGGAAGACUAAAAACUGGAACAGUUUUCCAGCUGGUGGCCGAGUUUGACAGAGAGGAAGAAAACACAAUAAGCAAAGGCUAUCUCAUUAGACCCAAUGGAAUUUGUGAAGCGAUUACUACCAGCAACCUUGACCUGAUAGACUUCAUUGACCUCGAAAACCUUCCCAUGAAUUAUGGAAUCGAGUUCAAGACAGAUUGCAGUCUGUACCUGCUGGAAUGUCAUGUUGACGAAGAUGGUUUCUUUCAAGAGGAAAAUGACAACCAGGGGCUAGAGAGUCUACAUCGACUGGCAUCUUUCAAGUUGAAUGGCACCCCUGGAAGAGGAGCCAACCAGGUGUCAAACAGACUGCAGGAGGUGGCAAACAGGUAUUGUUGUGUACACGUUCCUACUUCUCCUGCUUCUCCAAGUCGAUGCCUCCCUUUUGUACAUCCUGUUUCACCAGAUCUUUCCACUUGUGGAACUCCACUUGCUUUGUGGCUGUCUGAUCCAAUGUGUUGUCUCAUUGAUAUUUCGGGAGGGAAGGCAUCUCAACUUGCCAGACUGCAAGCUAUAGCAACUCAAUUUACUGUGCCACUUGCAUUCUGUCUCACUACUCGUGCUCUUCAUCUACACUUAGAGGAAAAUUGUCGAUUGAAAUUGCUGUUGAAUGAAUUACAGACUGCAUGGCGACAGGCAGGGAAUACAGAAGGCAACACGACAGAGAUACAGAGUCUACACCAAAGAGUUGAAGCGUGUUUCAUCCAGUCUCACAUGUCUGAGCAUCUGAAACACAUGAUCUGCAGUAACUAUGCUCAGUUACAGUUAGGGGAUGCUCUUGUUGCUCUACGCUCUUCGGCAGUCGGCGAAGAUGCCGAGGACAGCUCAGCUGCCGGGCAGAUGGAGACGUAUUUGAAUGUACAGGGAGUGUCAUCUGUGUUAGAACAUGUAUUGAAAUGUUGGGCAUCUCUCUAUUCGUACCAGGCUGUGCAAUACAGACGACAACAUGGACAAGGCGUGCUGUCCAAAAUGGCCGUGAUCGUACAGCUGAUGGUUCCGAGUGAGACGGCGGGUGUUCUCUUCACUGCAGAUCCGAUUACGGGUAACCCAAAGAGCAUGCUCAUCAAUGCCAGUUAUGGAUUGGGAGAGAGUGUUGUGUCAGGUCAGGUGACACCGGAUACGAUGCUGCUAGAGAAGACCUCGGAUCAGACGGUACGUCUCGCGUCUAUGAAUGUGGCCGAUUCUGUGACUACGUCUACAACUAAUCGGACGGAUUGCAAUGGCUGCCUCGUAUACGAUCAAGUGAUGACGUUAGCAAACAUUGGAAUGAAAAUCGAAAGUUUAUUUGGUGGUGCUGUAGAUAUCGAAUGGGCAGAAGUACAAGGACAAUUUUAUGUUCUUCAGGUUCGACCCGUCACUACACUUCAUACCGAGACAGACGACGAACUAGUUCACGAGUUCGACACGGCCCUUGCCAGUGACAGUGAAUGGCUGACAACAUGUAAUAUCGGAGAAAUGAUGCCGGGAGCUUUGACUCCAUUGUCUCAAAGUGUGUUCGGUCAAGCCAUCGAAGAUGCUUUACAAAAUAUUCAGGUCAGCUGGGGAGUGAGCCCGUUCGUCAUAACACCAACAAUGAAAAACCUCGGCAUCUACAGCGGCUGCUGCUUCAUCAACCUUCAUACCAUGUCUAACACAUACGAGAACAAUGUGCUCAUAGCAAACAAGAAUGUCACAGAACUCGGUCUUUGUGGCAAAGUUCUCGAUGGUUUAACAUGGGAUAUGAUCAAACAACACAAUGGACAAGCAUCCAUGGGGAAACGAAUGAAGAAUGCCGUGAACGCCGUACAGUAUUUGUGGAGUGGCAGGCAUAGGUUGGAUGAGUUGGAGUCACUGUUGGCUACGUUUUGCCUCGAGAGAAGGAACACUGCAGCAGAAAUGUAUGCAACAAUAACAGAUCACUUGUCUGUAUACUCCGACGCGUGGGACACACACAUGUUGUUUAGUGCAAAAUCAGGAAUGUGGAAUUCGACGCUCGUGUCUACAUUGUGUCACGAUAUGGAUGAUUUGACAGCAGAUAUGUCAUCGGAUAUGUCCUUGUUGCUUUCUUGCUGCUCAGGAGUCGUGAGUGCCGACGUACCGUCUGCAUUAGAAGAUUUGGCUGAUAUGAUGGUUCAUAAGUAUGGUGUCCAAACUUGCAGACAAUUUGUGCAGUGUGAGCAAGAGGAAGCUCUGCUCUGGUUACGCAGAACUGACUACAGCGUAAUAAGAGAGUCAUUUCAGCAGUUCCUUGACAAGCACGGCCAUCGCUGUCUACGAGAGGCAGAGUUUGCAGCAAAGCCAUGGGCUGCAGAGCCCUCAAGAAUUAUGCCUGCAAUUCAGGCUCUCAUAAAACAGCGAAUUGAUGCAGAGGCAGAGGAUGCAGCAUGUCGUGCACACUUAAAGCUCAAUGCCAGUAUCUCUGUAAACUGCGCUGUGUUGAUUAGUUCAGUAGAAGAGGGCAGAAACUGGCCAUCGAAGGUAGAGAAGACCAGACAGCAAAACGAUCUUGACGACAUCUUUGGUAAACUAAAGAUCAACCUCUCGUGGAUAAAGAGGAAGUUCAUAAAAUGGAUGUUGCCGAAAUGUCGAGAAGCGGUCAGACAGAGAGAGAAGGGAAAGUCGCUUGCCGUCAAAAUGUCGAAUCAUUUCCGACAGGCGUAUCUACAUCUUGGCAAGCUUCUUGUCCUUGAGGAAUAUUUGCCAGCAAACGAGCUCGUCUUCUUCCUCACUCAAUACGAGAUCGGUCAACUUCUCUGUGGAGAUAAGAGCCUGGUGACAAAGGCAAUGAGAAGACGGAAGCUUUACCCUUCCCAACUCAAUACGAGAUACCCAAUCUUCAAUGUUGGCACACCACAGCCAACGAAUACUCGAAUAGCAAAAUCGGUUGCAGCCUCCUUCAAGAUGCGAGGCAUGCCGGUAAGUCAGGGAUCGGUUGAAGGUCGUGCUCGAGUCGUUCUCGAUGUCAGAGACGCCACACACAUACAACCGGGAGAAAUCCUGAUCACUCAGUGUACAGACGUGGGUUGGACUCCUUAUUUCACUCUCAUCGGAGGCCUUGUCACUGAACUAGGUGGGCUACUAUCACAUGGUGCUGUUGUCGCUAGAGAGUAUGGAGUUCCUUGCAUAGCCAGUGUACCAGGAGCAACAGAUUUUAUAAAUACAGGUGACUUGGUCAGACUCGAUGCCUCGUUGGGGACACUGACAAGGAUUUGUGAAUGAUUCUUCAGUUUAUCUCCCUUGGUGUAGAGCUUAAUUAAAUAAAUUGAUAUUAACCAGUUUAUAUGCCUGGUAGUCUUCUGAUGUGUUAAUAGGAGAUGCAAA